GCCACCCCCGGCGCGCUGGCGCUACCAGCGAGCGGCGGCGUGCAGGACUUGAAGUGGGUGUUCUUCCCCACUCCCCCGCCCCGGUCGCCUGCCCCCUCCCUCUCGCUCCUACGCAAAUAAGAACUCGGCGAUUCCCCUCCUGCAGCUUUGAUUUCGGGCACCUCCACCAGAUAAUUGGGAAGCGUUUCCAGAAGGUGGGAAAUGUCACCUGAUUCACACUGAACUUUUAGAAGCUCCCCACCCCCAAGGAGCCGCGCACACCCUCGCUCGCGGCCGCCCUCCCACUGCCCCACACACUGGGAGACCGCCCACCGCAAACCGCGGAGACCCCCGUCUAGAUUUAAAGCGCGGCUGCGCCCGGCUUCUGACGUCCAUUGAAUCGCGCGGGCGGCCGGCGGCGAGCGCGGGGCUGCGCCGGGAUCGCUGCGCCCUCCGCCGCUCGCCUCUGCGACGCGCGCCGCUUGCCCGAGCCACCCGCCGCCGCGCCCGCUCCCCGCGCCGCCGCGCUCCUCGCCCCGCGCCUGCCCCCAGGAUGGUCCGUCCCAGGCACCAGCCCGGCGGGCUCUGCCUCCUGCUGCUGCUCCUCUGCCAGUUCAUGGAGGACCGCAGUGCCCAGGCUGGGAACUGCUGGCUCCGCCAAGCAAAGAACGGCCGCUGCCAGGUCCUGUACAAGACAGAACUGACCAAGGAGGAGUGCUGCAGCACCGGCCGCCUGAGCACCUCAUGGACCGAAGAGGACGUAAAUGACAACACGCUCUUCAAGUGGAUGAUUUUCAAUGGGGGCGCCCCCAACUGCAUCCCCUGUAAAGAAACGUGCGAGAACGUGGACUGUGGGCCCGGGAAAAAAUGCCGAAUGAACAAGAAGAACAAACCCCGCUGCGUCUGUGCCCCAGAUUGUUCUAACAUCACCUGGAAAGGCCCAGUCUGUGGGCUGGACGGAAAAACCUACCGCAACGAAUGUGCACUCCUCAAGGCCAGAUGUAAAGAGCAGCCAGAACUGGAAGUCCAGUACCAGGGCAAAUGUAAAAAGACCUGUCGGGAUGUUUUCUGUCCAGGCAGCUCCACAUGCGUGGUGGACCAGACUAAUAAUGCCUACUGUGUGACAUGUAACCGCAUUUGCCCAGAGCCCACCUCCUCUGAACAGUAUCUCUGUGGGAAUGAUGGAGUAACCUACUCCAGUGCCUGUCACCUGAGAAAGGCUACCUGCCUACUGGGCAGGUCUAUUGGAUUGGCCUAUGAGGGAAAGUGUAUCACAAAGUCCUGUGAGGAUAUCCAGUGCACUGGUGGAAAAAAGUGUUUAUGGGAUUUCAAGGUUGGCAGAGGCCGGUGUUCCCUCUGCGAUGAGCUGUGCCCUGAGAGUAAGUCUGAGGAGCCAGUCUGUGCCAGUGACAAUGCCACCUACGCCAGCGAGUGUGCCAUGAAGGAAGCAGCCUGCUCCUCAGGCGUGCUGCUGGAAGUGAAGCACUCCGGAUCUUGCAACUCCAUUUCGGAAGACACCGAGGAAGAGGAGGAAGAGGAAGACCAGGACUACAGCUUUCCUAUAUCUUCCAUUCUAGAGUGGUAAACCCUCCACCUAUGUUCAGUGUUGACAUAGCCUUUGGGCAAAAAAAAAAAAAAAAAAAAAAAA